UGUAACUUGUAUGUUACAAAAGCCAGUUGGCUAGCUACAAACCAGAUGUACAGCACGUAACUCAUCUGGCCAAUAAGCAAAACGUUUUUUAAUUUUAUUCUUUGGAAAUGGUAAAUGCACGGAAUUGGUUAUUUAUACCGAACUAUCUCCAAGUAAAACAGGUGCAGCGCAAAAUGGAGGAGAUAAGAGUAUCUCCAGACUACAACUGGUUCAGAAGCACCGUUCCACUCAAACGAAUUAUUGUGGAUGAUGACGACAGUAAGGUUUGGUCACUGUAUGAUGCUGGCCCCAAAAGCAUCAGAUGUCCCAUCAUCUUGCUCCCCCCGGUCAGCGGGACAGCUGAGGUGUUCUUCCAGCAGAUCUUAGCCCUCACAGGCUGGGGGUACAGGGUGAUAUCGCUGCAGUACCCUGUGUACUGGGAUCUGCUGGAGUUUUGUGAUGGAUUCAGAAAGUUGCUAGAUUACUUACAGCUGGACAAGGUGCAUCUGUUUGGGGCCUCUUUAGGAGGCUUCCUGGCACAGAAGUUUGCUGAGUGCACACACAAAUCCCCCAGAGUGCACUCUCUUAUCCUCUGCAACUCCUUUAGUGACACAUCCAUCUUUCACCAGACUUUGACGGCAAACAGUUUCUGGUUGAUGCCUGCCUUCAUGCUGAAGAAGAUCGUUCUCGGUAACUUUGCCAGAGGGCCGGUGGACUCAAAGAUGGUGGAAGCCAUCGACUUUAUGGUGGAUCGGCUGGAGAGUUUGAGCCAGAGCGAACUGGCCUCUCGGCUGACACUCAACUGCCAGAACUCUUAUGUGGAACCGCACAAAAUAAAGGAUGUGGCGGUCACCAUCAUCGAUGUGUUUGAUCAGAGUGCCCUUUCGCAUGAAGUGAAAGAGGAGAUGUACAAGCUGUACCCUGAUGCAAAGAGAGCUCACCUAAAAACUGGGGGGAACUUCCCCUACCUGUGCAGGAGUGCAGAAGUCAAUCUGUACAUCCAGAUUCACUUGCGCCAGUUCCACGGCACGCGGUAUGCAGCCAUAGACCCUGCCAUGGUCAGUGCAGAGGAGCUGGAUGUACAGAGAACACGGUGCGGUGGUGACAGUGACCCAGAGGAGGAACCGCAGGACUCAGCCACCGCUUCCCGCCAGCACUGACCGUGACAAAGGGCACCCCCAAAAACCAGCAUGGACCCAAAACCCACCAGUCUGCCUUUCAUACAGGUCUCAACCAGCCUCAGUGUUUUUCUUACGAAUCGAUAUGAGUUAAGUACAAGAAAAAAUAAAAUUAGCCUAUUUUUCUUUGGAGAAAAUAUUUUUAGAAAAAAGGUUUCUGUAAAUAUAAUAAUUGCUUGUAUGGAUUUGUUAUAUUGCCUCUUGUAAAUUUUCUUCUUUUAUGAUCGUGUUAAAAUUGUUUUUUCUUCAUCUUCCAUUCUACAUUGAUUUCUUGUGUGUGUUUUCUAACAUUACAUCAACACUGCCAAACAUUUCCUCCUUGUUGCUCAGUAUUAAAUUUGCCACAAUGCACUGAUCAA